AUUAAGGAUGAGUGAUUAGAGUUAAACAAAUAAUAAUGCUCUAUUUUAAUUUCCAUCUGAUUUGAAAUUAAAUGAAAAGGAUCAAAUAGAUGGAAUCUAAAAGAGUGAAGAUUAUAAACUAUAAUUAUUGUAGCCACAUACCAAUAGUUCUUUACCUUCUAUGGAAUAAUUAGAAAUUCAGGCUGUUCCUUAACUAUUAUAAUACUUGUAUAAAGUAAAAUGAUUUGUAUAGUUCAUAAAUGUCAAUAGAUGAUCCUUAACAUUAAUUUAGAAAAUAGAUGUCAAUAGAAUUAACAAGUCCAUCACCUUUGAAAAAACAUAAAGAGAAGACUGACUUUAGUUUUAAUUUGAUUGAAAUUAAGUAAGAAGAUAAGGAAGAUGUACCACACAUAUAGACUCGUAGAAAAAUGAAUAAAACAAAUUACAAUGUUGAUGAUUCUCCAACUGAAGAAGAUGAUUUCAAACCUUGUCAUUGUGCUAAAACUAAUUGUUUAUAAUUAUACUGUUCAUGCUUUCAUAAUCGAAGAUCCUGUACAAAUGAAUGUAAAUGUAAUGAUUGUUUUAAUGAUGGUAAACAUGAAGAUGAAGUUCUUAAGGCUGUUGAAUAAAUUAAAAUUAAAGAAUAAAGAGCAUCACAUCAUGAUUUGGAUUCAUUUGAUACUAAAUAAGUUUGGGGUUGUAAAUGUAAAAAGACAAAAUGUGUAAAAGGUUAUUGUGAAUGUUUCAUUAGAGCAAAGAAAUGUACAUCCCAUUGUUAAUGUACAGAAUGUGAAAACAAAAAGAAACCUAAAUAAUAAUAGUAAAAAAAUCAUCAGGAAUUGAC